AUGAUAAACUUCAUCAUUGAUCUAGAAAUGCGUUCCAAAAGCCUAGAACUAACAAUCAAAAGCAGAAUAACAACGACUACAAGGGCUAGAAAAAGAAUGAAUGCGAGUAAUGCAUCUGCUCGCGGUCGGCUUCAAGACAGCCUCGCAUUUUAUGGUCAACAUACCAGUUCUCCGAACGUCGAUGUAGAUACCACUGUGACGACUAGAAUUUAUCAAGGUGGCUUAGAUUCUCUUCUUGAAAAGGAAUGUACAAUGCAAGGAAAGAAAAGGCGAAACCUUAAUGAGAACGCAUUUUUUGCCAUUUUGAACUCAUCUAAAGCCUACCUACAAGCAGAAUUGGCCAAUCAGGAAAAAGUGAACGAUAGCGUCACGUUCUGGGAAAGGUUGACGACAUUACUGCUCAUAAAUUGGAAUUGUAAAUUAAGGAUGAAAGUCCCAUUCUUGACAGUGAUAAAGGAAAUCCUUGCAAAAAUCAAAUCCCAAAUAAAGUAUCCAUCUGCACCUCCUAUGCCGCCAUUCCCUGUUGAAGGCGAGUAUGUCUACGAAAUUCCGGGUCUUGCAAUUGUGAGUGAAGAGGAAGAAAAACAAAAAUUUCCGCCGCUUUUUGGGACUUCUUUAAUCGAUUUUUACUUUUCCUUUCAGCCGCGAGAUGGAAAGGAGGUGACAAAUCCACUAGUGGUUAUUGAUCAAAUGGACAUAAAUGAACUAGUUUUAACCAAACUGGUUGGUUUUUUGUCCAAGCUCAAAAAUUUCGCAAACGAUGGGAAACAAUGUCUAAAGGGUGCAAACAGACCAAAAUAA